GCAGCAGCGGGACAGGACAGACGGACGGACAGGAGGGACGCGGCACCGCCCCGCGCCUGCGCACGCCCCCGAUCCGGGGUUUAGCGGCGGAGCGGCUGCGCCUCACCUGGAACCUCCGGUCCUGCCGUCCCCCGUGCCCGGCGCAGCCCGGCCCGGCCCGCGGAGACCGCGCCGCAGACUGUGAAUACAAGGAAACUCCAGACAAGUCCAAGGAGACUGGAGUGUCUGUAUCAGUUACAAGGGAGAGGCUGGGUCAAAGCACAGCUGAGAAGGAGACAUGGGAAAAUCACUUUCUCACCUGCCUAUGCACACGUGCAAGGAAGAUGGCUAUGAUGGAGGCACAGUGUCUGAUAAUAUGAGGAACGGGUUAGUUCAUUCAGAAUCGCACAAUGAAGACGGCAGAUGUGGAGAUGUAUCACAGUUUCCCUAUGUGGAAUUUACAGGAAGAGACAGUGUCACCUGCCCGACUUGCCAGGGAACGGGACGAAUUCCACGAGGGCAGGAAAAUCAGCUGGUAGCAUUAAUUCCAUACAGUGAUCAGAGACUGAGGCCAAGAAGAACAAAGCUCUACGUGACUGCUUCUGUAAUUGUAUGUUUACUGCUUUCUGGGCUGGCUGUAUUCUUCUUGUUUCCUCGCUCAAUCGACGUUGAAUACAUUGGUGUGAAGUCAGUGUAUGUCACUUACGAACAGAGUAGGCGCAUAAUAUAUCUAAAUAUUACGAACACACUAAAUAUAACGAACAACAACUAUUAUUCUGUUGAAGUGGCAAAUAUCACAGCCCAAGUUCAGUUUUCAAAAACAGUUAUUGGCAAAGCACGGCUAAACAACAUCACCAACAUUGGUCCUCUGGAUAUGAAACAGAUUGACUACAUGGUGCCCACAGUUAUACAAGAUGAAAUGAGCUACAUGUUUGACUUUUGUACUUUAGCAUCUAUCAAAGUGCAUAACAUAGUAGUGAUGAUGCAAGUGACGGUGACAACCUCUUACUUUGGCCACUCUGAGCAAAUAUCCCAGGAGAGAUACCAGUACGUGGACUGUGGAGGAAACACAACCUACCAGCUGGGCCAGUCAGAAUAUUUAAAUGUACUUCAGCCUCCGCAAUAAAAGCACCACUUGGUUAGCGUGGAAUGACUGCUGUUGACGCUGGCAGAAAUCCUUUGAAUAGGACUGGUACUACGCGAAGGGGAGAGUAUGUGCAUGUAAAGCAGAGCGAACUUGGUGACCUGUUCACUUUAGAUGCAAGGAGGGAAAAGGUGCAAAAUGUAUAUAGGUGCACUUGUUAAAUGUUGUGUUUUCCCCUUCUGUUUGCUUUCUAUUACUGUAAGCACUUCUGUCAAGUCGUGUGGUGGGAGGAAGAGGGGGAAUAUCAGAUUCUUGAACUGAACUGGAACCUUUCCUUACAGUGUGGUACAUCAGCUUAGAGUAACUGUGUGUAUGUCUGUGUUUAGGUGAAAUGUGAGCAUUUUUAGAAAAAUUGACACUCAAACUUUAAGUUUAUGCUUCAGUUCUUGAUAUUUAACUACUGAAACUGGCAGUAAUACUACUUAAGUAACAAGAUUACUUUGAGAUGCCUGGGUGUGAAAAUUCUAUUAGUAAACCGGUGGUGAUAGUUCUUUAUUUUGGGAUUCUACUUUUCAUUUGCUAUAUGUGGUUAGAGGGGACACGCAGUCUGUGAAAGCCAGGAAAGCUCCCUUGGAUGACACUGUACUUAAGUGUGCAACUUCUAGAAUCUGGCAUCUUUUCAUUCAUAUUCCCUCCUGCUGCCUCUGGGAUGUUAUAAGGAAAAUGUAUGUUGUUAGAUUUAAAGUUGGAUUUAAAACAAAAACCAACCCCCAGAAUCAUUACUGACAAAGGAAAAAUUCAAGACUGCUGAAAAUGAACGGGUAAAGACUUUGAUGGUGUCAUUCUACUUUGUUUUUAGAAAACUUUUGAGUACAGCCAUUAAAAUCAAGAUUGUACAGUUGGAACUAGGUGGGAAACUGUUUGAGCAUGGGUUUGGGCAGCUUGGUGUAAAUUUUCGUCAUUACUAUUGUUUUAGUGUACUGUGUAUCUAAGCUACUUGUAAGUGUUAAUAUGUUGGGGUGUGUAUAUCCAGUGCGCAGGCUCAGUAAGUAAGGCAGCAGUUAUCUGAAUCUCCAGAGCACUCACAGAUUACAUCAAAGUUAGGUAGGGGACAAUAAAGCAAUUCUUUCUGUAAGACUAAAUGCUGAUGUAAUCAUGAGACUGACUCAUAACAAAGCUAUUAAAUAAUUUCAGUAGGAUAGUUUGCACAGUGAGAAUUUCUGGGGUUAUCAAACAUGGUGAUUGUAAUUUUGGGUCCAAAGUUGCUUGACUUAUGAAGGUUGACUGUUCUAAGGGUUAGGUACAAAACUUUUUAAUUAACUAGAUCAGGAUUGUUUUAUUUCUGAAUUAGGUAAGAUGCAGCUGUAAGAAGAUAUUAUUGAGACUGUUGCAUUGUAAUGAGUUACUCUAUUUUUUUAAAAUAUGUUGCGGUUUUUAUGCUGCCCAUCUCCUGGAAAUAAGCUAUAUGAAAUGAAUUAGCAAUAAACACUAUGGAAAAAGGCUGCUGAGUAACUUCUUGCAACUAACAAUCUCUUAUGCUUCAGUACUUCAGUGAAGGUACAUGUCUGUAUUACUCCUUAUCGGCCUUUCUUAAGUAGACCUAAUUGGGGGGUGUAGGGAGAAUAUCAAUGAAUUAAGACAGAUUUAAAAGAAAUUAAGUAACCGUACAAAAAAAAAAAUACUUUCUCUGAACGCUAUGAGCACUUACUCUGAAUGUCUACGGAAAGUUUUGGAACCUAAACUGUCAGUUUCAUAUAACUGUUGAUAAGAUGAAGAUGUCAGCUUUUGGCUUUGGGGAACUUCUGGAACUGGAAUAGUCAAUUCUGACGACUUAUUGUAGUUACAAGAAAAUUAUUCCUGCAUCUGGGCACUUAAAAGUAAACAUUCUUUAUUAGCAGUUACAAUUGUAAGGGAAACUAGUUCACAAUUGAUUCUGAUCUCCUAGAGUAUAGAUGAGGUUCAGUCCUGUGACUUGUAAAAUGCAUACAGAAGCUUCUCUAAUGGUCUGAAAGUAUAUAGGUAAUAACUAAAUACCAGGAUAGUGGGGAGCUGGUCAGAAGCAGAGAGGUAAACACUACUGUUACCUGUUGUAGAAUGAUUUGUUUAUAUUGGAGGGUAGGGAGAGAGUUCUGAUUUAAACAGUAUCAGAUCUGAAGUCAGCCAGCAAGUGAUACAAGGUUUUUUUGGGGAGGUUGGUGGGGUUUUUUGUGGGGUGGGGGGUUGGGGUGGAGAUUUUUUUAAAAUUCUUUUCCUACCUAAUUAAAAAAAAACAAAACAAAACAGCUCUAGGUAGGUAUUUGUAUCAAUUUAAAACAAAUUUUUCUUCAAAGGAUAAAAGGUAAUCUAACAUAAUAGGGAUUGCACAAUGAUAAAUUUAUUUAGUGACAGUAACAAAUGCUGCUUGAAUAACCGUGGUGAGGGGAGGUUACACUGUUUAUGCAGUGUUGAGACUCAAACUGACCUUUGAAAGUUUGGCAGAUGUGCUGAGCAAACUAUUUACUUAAAUCUGUGGACCUUACGUUGCAUGAAGUGCUUGGUAUUGGCUAAUUUAAAAUAAAGAAUUACGAGUAGAACUGUUCUUUCCAUGUAUGUGGCAGAAGGGGAAAGAUACAACUCUUAGUUUAAAUGUCUUAUCAUCUGGGAUACGUAAUGGCUGUAGACUUACUGAAUGACUAAGAGUUCUCACUUUAAAAAAUAAAAGUUGAAAUAAAGAUCCUGUUGAUGAAUUCUCAAAUUAAGUCAGUUAGAGAAUCGAAAGCUUACGGUUCCACCUGUGCUAGUAUGUCCUUGCAAACCUGUCAGCAUACCACUAACCAAACAAGGCAAGAUUUUGAACUUACCUGCUUAUCUGAAAAGUUAUAUUAAAGUUACACUAAAAUUAUUAGUUAAGACAUCUGUUUAAAUACUUACCUUAGACUUGAUUUCUGUGGCUGAGCUUGGAAACAUGCUAAAGGAGCAAGGGAAGUCAGUAUUAACUUGUAUAACUUUGUAAACAAGCUAUCAGAAUAGAUCCAGGUGACAGACCUGUAAUUAUUGAACAUUUAUUUUUUUAAUCUUGAUUUUAAAAAUCAAAAAGGCAAGCCUUUCAGUUCACUGUAAAUCAAUUUAAGUACAAAUUCUCUCCAGAAGGUCACCUUGAAGAAUCAUCUUUUUUUUUUUUUCUGGUUUUCCUGUGUGUAAGGUGGCUUCUGAAUGAUUUCUUCAGAAGUGAUUCAUAUUUCACUUGAAACUUCCCGGUAAUCUUCAAAUACUACCAAAUACAUAUAUACUGGCAUUGUAGCGUUUUGUUUCAAAGGAUUUAUUUCUAAUAUAGUUCUUUUCACUUGAAUUCUUUGUAGCAAUUCCUGUACCAAAACCUGUUGCACUUUAAAAUGGAAGCUCUGUUAGUUAUCUCUGAAAACAGUGGUCCAGAUGUUGCACUGUAAUGGCACAAUUGAGGAACAAGACUUAAUGUAUUCUGCAUAGAAUAACUGUAAAACCUCAAAAUUAUAACUUAAGGUAAAUUAAUAUGGAACAUUUAAAUGAGUAAAUAUUGGUUAUUUGGCCAUUUUGACCUAGAGAACAAAAUUAUUUUACGUUUUAUGUAUGAUGGUUUAAAAAUAAGUGAAUGAAUAAAGCCACCAAACAAACUCAAAGAUCUAACCAUCACAUAUCCAUCUGGAGAGAUUUGAAGGGAAACGCUCUUACUAAAAGGCAUAGUUACCUGGCACUUUCUCUUUAAUUCCUGGUGUGGGGAAAAUCUGCAGAGGCUCAUUCAUAAUUUGUUUACUCAUCUUGAUAUUUAGGAGAUAGUUGCUUAAUUCUUAAUCUUUCGUGAAGACAAGCAUAACUAUCUUUUCCCUGCGUGGUAUAGCUUUGAAGUUCUUAACGCACUUCUGAUGUGAGCAUGACCUUGAUGUUAACAUUGUGGCGUUUGUGUUUUGCAGACUGAAGUACGUGCCAUAGUUGACUUUGCUCCAAAUUGUCCUUGAAGUUCUGCAAGUGAACACAUAUUUUUCAUAGUAGUACAUUGUAAACAUGACUGGGCUUUUUAGUGUGUGGUGUAUAAAGCUAACCAUUUAAGCAGUGAAUCUCUUAAGUGCUCGGAUUGAACUGUUAAGGUCUUCACCCAUCCGAAGUGUUGUGCCCUCAUGGUGGAAGGGAUGGUGCUUGGAGUAGUGUGAGAGAUAUUUCUAGAUUCAGAAAAUGUUAAAAGAAAAAUAGUGUUAUUCCUUAUUCAGCAUUUAAGGCUUCCUUUUUUUUUUUAUGGUGGUGAUGGGGGUUAGUUGUCAUUUUUGGUUUUCAUCCCACCCCCCAAAUCUGUAGUGGGACAUCUGUCUGUUCCCAGGAAGCAUCUUCUGACAUGGGUGACUCUCUUUCAGAGAUGGGCAGCUACAUGAAGUUUAACGUCAGCUGGACUGGACUUUGAGAGUUAAGAGAUAAGUAAGACUAGCAGUAAUACCUCUAAGAACAAAAUUUUUUACUUACCUGUCUAAUAAAAUGCCACAACCCUAGCAAUGCUUCCAGGCUUACUGUUCCUUCUGAAAGGAAGGAUAAGUAAUGUAAGUGCAGCCAGUGUGCUUCAGUAAUGGACUGCUGCUACUAGGAAAACAUUUGUUCGUGUUGGCCCUGAUCAUGCCAAAAAAUCUAGAUUAUUUUUUUUUUUUAUGGCUUUGAAGGGGGGAGGAAUAAAACCCGAGCCAAAACCCAACCAAAACAUGUUGAAAAAAAAUUAUUUGGGUAUGGUAAAAACAUCCAGUGUUUGUCAACUUGAGAAGUCACCUUCCUAUUUUGCCUUUAGCUGGGGAAUUCUGGUCGUUACCAGAGGAGUAGUCUGGGGUAGUUUGUUCUGCUGCCCUACAGCUUUUGCCAUGUAAACCUGCUUUUCUGCCUGUAGGCAGGCCUGUUGGACAGGAAAGGUGCUCUGCAAGGGAUCUGUACAAUUAGAGUUAGCAUCAGGCCCGACAGCGUAGUGUGAGGCUGUUCGGUGGCAGUAACAUAUUGAUCCUUGUGCUGUCCUCUUCUGCCAACCAUCAUAAGGGUCUUGCAACCUGGAUGUGUGUCUCUUGGGCGCUCGGGCUGAUUUUGCUCUGCAUGGACAGGGAUAUUUAGUGCCAGACUGUAAGUAUGUUACGGCGCCUGAAUAUUUUGGAUCUGUCAGUGAUUUAGUUCUUUUUGUUUAAGGAAGUAAACUUAACCACUGUUAACAUCCACUGUACAGAGUGUGCAUAUAAUAACAGAUAUGUAUAGAAAUUCUACUGAGUGAUGACUAUUUUUGUAACUUAAGAAUUGUAAACUUGUUCUUGUAACUGUGUAGCAAACAAUCUAACAACUUAAGCAUGAUAAACACUCUAGAAGGCAAGGGGUAUUUGGGAAUGCUUGUAAGCCACAGAAGUUAUCUUAAUGUCAGUUAACUGGGACAAGGGAUCUUGUUUAGAGAUUCAAAAUUGAGUUAACUGUAUUAUGAAAACGUGUUUCUAGGCAGGAUUGUUUGUCUCAAAGGAUGAUAUUAAAUUUUCUAUUAAAAAAAGUUUGGGUCAUGUAUCUUUUUUUUAAAAAAACUGACUUAAUUUUCUCUCCUCUUUCCGUAUCUCCCACAAGUUUUACCUCUGUCUCCCCAUAUUUUUUCCCCACAAGCUUUCAUGUAUUUGCAAUGGUAUGAUUUCAAUUUUUAUAACUAUUGGCAUUCUGUGAUGUGAAAACUUUGCAAUCUACUUUUUUUUUUGAUACUAUGUUUUAUUGUGUUAAGUCUGUAAUAAACUGGAGUAUCUGGAAGCGAAGCACCA